AUGGACGCAACUGAGCUGAAGAACAAGGGGAACGAAGAGUUCUCCGCCGGCCGCUAUGUGGAGGCGGUGAACUACUUCUCAAAGGCGAUCCAGCUGGAUGAGCAGAACAGUGUCCUCUACAGCAACCGCUCCGCCUGCUUCGCAGCCAUGCAAAAGUACAAGGACGCGCUAGACGACGCCGACAAGUGCAUCUCGAUCAAGCCGAAUUGGGCCAAAGGCUACGUGCGCCGAGGCGCAGCUCUCCAUGGCAUGCGGCGCUACGACGAUGCCAUUGCCGCCUACGAAAAGGGGCUCAAGGUGGACCCUUCCAACAGCGGCUGCGCGCAGGGCGUGAAGGACGUCCAGGUAGCCAAGGCCCGCGAAGCACGUGACCCCAUCGCUCGCGUCUUCACCCCGGAAGCGUUCCGCAAGAUCCAAGAGAAUCCCAAGCUGUCUCUGCUUAUGCUGCAGCCUGACUACGUGAAGAUGGUGGACGCCGUCAUACGCGACCCUUCCCAGGGCCGGCUGUACAUGGAAGACCAGCGCUUUGCCCUGACGCUCAUGUACCUGAGCGGGAUGAAGAUUCCCAACGAUGAUGAUGAUGAGGAGGAACGUCCGUCUGCAAAGGCGGGAGAGACAGCGAAGCGAAGGGAGGAGAGGGCUCUCACCGACAACGAGAGGGAGGCCCUGGCGCUCAAGGAGGAGGGGAACAAGCUGUACCUCUCGAAGAAGUUUGAGGAGGCGCUGACUAAGUACCAAGAGGCGCAGGGGAAAGACCCCAAGAACACUUUGUACAUUCUGAACGUCUCGGCCGUGUACUUCGAGCAGGGGGACUACGACAAGUGCAUCGCCGAAUGCGAGCACGGUAUCGAGCACGGUCGCGAGAACCACUGCGACUACACAAUUAUUGCGAAGCUCAUGACCCGGAACGCCUUGUGCCUCCAGAAGCAGAAGAAGUACGAGGUCGCCAUCGACCUUUACAAGCGCGCCCUUGUCGAGUGGCGUAACCCCGACACCCUCAAGAAGCUGACGGAGUGCGAGAAGGAGCACCAAAAGGCGGUAGAGGAGGCCUACAUCGAUCCUGAGAUCGCGAAGCAGAAGAAAGACGAAGGUAACCAGUACUUCAAGGAGGAUAAGUUCCCCGAGGCCGUGGCAGCGUAUACGGAGGCCAUCAAGCGCAACCCUGCCGAGCACACCUCCUACAGCAAUCGUGCCGCCGCGUACAUCAAGCUUGGAGCCUUCAACGACGCCCUCAAGGACGCGGAGAAGUGCAUUGAGCUGAAGCCCGACUUUGUUAAGGGCUACGCGCGCAAGGGUCAUGCUUACUUUUGGACAAAGCAGUACAACCGCGCGCUGCAGGCGUACGAUGAGGGCCUCAAGGUGGAUCCGAGCAACGCGGACUGCAAGGAUGGACGGUAUCGCACAAUCAUGAAGAUUCAGGAGAUGGCCUCUGGCCAAUCCGCGGAUGGCGACGAGGCGGCGCGCCGCGCCAUGGACGAUCCUGAAAUUGCGGCAAUCAUGCAAGAUAGCUACAUGCAACUAGUGCUGAAGGAGAUGCAGAACGAUCCCACGCGCAUUCAGGAGUAUAUGAAGGACUCCGGCAUCUCAGCGAAGAUCAACAAGCUGAUUUCGGCGGGCAUCAUUCGUUUUGGCCAGUAG